ACCUUAUGCCACUCCAUUUGCAAAUGAACUUGGCUUACAGAUAAGGAUGGCUGCACCAAUCAUUGGUAUAAAAAAGUGGGACAAGAUUGAUGAGAUUCAUAAAGCCCCAAUCAUUCAAGCAGUUCGGGAUAAAUUUGAGAUUGUUGAUUAUGAUGAGGAUGAAGAGGUUCGGAAAGGAGUCAAUAAAAAGUGUAAAACUCUUUACAGAAGUUGGCGUAACAAGAUGAAGACUCAUUACUCGAAGUUGGUAGACGCUGGUGUUGACCCUUAUAGUAAACCAUACAAAGGGGUCGAUUCUGAGGCUUGGGUAUACAUGAUCGAUCAUGUAUGGCUUGAUGACGAUUAUCAGAACUUGGCUAAAAAAGCAAGGGAUAGUCGAGCGAGGCUACCAUAUAAUCAUACAAUGGGCUCCAAGUCAUUUCAAGCUGCAAUGUAUAAAUAGGUGAUGCAUUUAUUAUAUCUAACAUAAUGAUUGAAAUUAAUUAUGUAUGCUUACUUUUAAAUGGAAUUAGGGUACCGAGAAGACUGACUUUGUAGACUUCUACAAAGAUUCCCAUUGGAGCAAGAGAAAGUCGGAUUGGGUAGCCCCGAUAUGUGGUCAAUUACAUGUAAGUAUGCCAAU